CUUUAUCUCUCUCCACCAGCAAGCAAGCAAAGCAAGCGACCUCAUCAUCAUCAUCACCCAUUCCAUCUCAUCGACUAGAGUGAGUUCUCCUUGGUUUUCAUUUUCAUUUCCAUUGUUGAAAACGAUCGACUACCAAACAGGUAUAGUAUAGAGGGAAGGAGGAGUUUGUUGUGAUCAUCGAAUUUGAUUAGCAGACAGCAUGCCACCUCGUAGAUAUGCAUUUGGAAGGGCAGACGAGGCCACCCACCCCGACUCCAUCAGAGCCGCUUUGGCCGAGUUCAUCUCCACGUUCAUCUUCGUCUUUGCUGGGGAAGGCUCUAUCCUUGCUCUUAACAAGAUCUACGCGGAUCCUCUUACAUCAGCAUCUGAGCUGAUAGCCUUGGCACUCGCCAAUGGCUUCGCUCUAUUCGCCGCCGUUUCCGCAAGUAUUAAUGUGUCCGGAGGCCAUGUGAAUCCUGCUGUAACCUUGGGUGCACUUCUCGGUGGAAGGAUUUCGGUGGUUCGGGCCAUCUACUACGGGGUAGCUCAGCUUCUCGGUUCUGUUGUUGCUGCCCUUCUCUUGAGGCUUGCCUCCAACGGAAUGAAAACUGUUGGGUUCCACGUGGCACCUGGAGUGGGUCAGGGACAUGGACUUCUACUGGAGAUUAUUAUGACAUUUGGGCUUGUCUACACGGUUUAUGCAACGGCUAUUGAUCCCAAGAGAGGAAGCUUGGGAACCAUAGCACCUUUGGCAAUAGGCUUGGUGGUGGGGGCUAACGUCCUGGUGGGCGGACCCUUCGACGGGGCGGCCAUGAACCCGGCUAGAGCAUUUGGACCAGCAUUACUUGCUUGGAGAUGGAAGCACCAUUGGAUCUACUGGGUUGGACCACUUCUUGGAGGUGGCUUGGCAGGACUGGUAUACGAGUACAUGGUCAUUCCAACAGAGCCUCCUUUGCACACUCACCAGCCCUUGGCUCCAGAAGAUUACUAGUUGUUUUCUAUAUUUGCCUUGUAAUCUUAAUUCUGUCUAGCCUUUUCGCUUUGCAUCCGCAACUCUCACUGUGCCAUCUCGGACAUGUGUUUUGUGUUUGCUUUUUUACUCCUCUUUUUGGGUUUCUUAUGUAUCCUUUUUUUUUGGGGUCGGACGCUUCUUAGUUUGUCCAUUUCCUGUAGUUAAUGUCGUUCCUCUUGUGUUUAUACAAGUAAUAAAAUGCCAACCACCUCUUUCUUUAUAUAAUAUAACAAAGCAAACCUUCAUAUUUGUAUAUAUAA